AUGACGAUCGCGAAAGUUGCGCCUUUCGCAGUCGAGCAGUGGAUGGACGCUCAUGAGACUCACGCCAGAUACAACAUUGCAGAAACAUGCGUAGCCUCGAUAUCACUUGACGAUCUCAGAGGCCUCUCAGAGGACAAAUCGAGCGAGAUAUGGUCCUCAACAACGAAGCUUACCUAUGGCUCCAUACGCGGUUCAGAAAAACUACGCACAAACCUGGCGAACCGUUAUUCCGCCAAAAAGCCAUUCCAAGCAGAUAAUAUCUUGAUUACCCCUGGAGCGAUUGCUGCAAAUAUGACAGUUUUCUAUGGCCUCAUUGGGAAAGGAGACCAUGUGAUAUGUCAUUAUCCUACCUAUCAACAAUUAUAUGAGAUUCCUGAGAGAUUAGGAGCCGAGGUGGACUAUUGGAGAGCAGAGGAGUCAAAGAAAUGGCAAUUGGACAUCGAAGAUCUGAAAAGUCUCAUACGACCAAAUACCAGAAUGAUUAUCAUCAACAAUCCGCACAACCCCUCCGGUGCCAUCGUGCCAAAAUCUACUCUCGAUCUGCUAAUCGAAGUUGCUGAGGCACACGAUCUCAUAAUAAUGGCCGACGAAGUCUACCGCCCCAUUUUCCACUCCAUCUCUCCUGGAUCCCCGGACUUUCCCCCUUCAGUCCUCUCACUUGGGUACGCAAAGACCAUUGCCACAGGCUCGCUUUCGAAGGCAUAUAGCCUAGCAGGCAUACGGGUGGGUUGGAUUGCAUCUAGAAGUACUGAGAUCAUAGAAGCUUGCGCCCAAGCCAGGGACUAUACGACGAUCAGUGUGAGCCAGCUUGACGACCAGAUUGCAGCCUAUGCCUUGGACAACGAUUGUAUACAUUCACUACUUUCUAGAAACAUUCAGCUUGCGAAGCGGAAUCUGGAGAUUCUCGAAAGGUUCGUGGAAAGUCAUAGGUGGGCUUGCGAGUGGGUGAAGCCUGUAGCCGGAACGACGGCCUUUAUCAAAAUUUCCCAUAUGGGAACUCCUGUGGAUGAUGUUGCAUUUUGCCAAAAGCUGAUGGAGGAUGCGAGUGUUAUGUUAGUUCCAGGAAGUAGGUGCUUUGGGAAUGGAAAGGAUUUCAAGGGUUUUGUACGAUUUGGCUUCUGUUGCGAGACGGAUGUGCUCGAAAUAGGUUUGGAGAAGAUGAGGUUGUUCAUGAAGAAAGGAUAUCGCGCUGUGCCGCUAGCAGAUGAGGAGAGCGCAUGA